GGCGGCAUGGCGGCACACCGCUCCGGCCCACUGAAACAGCAGAAUAAAGCUCACAAAGGCGGGCGGCAUCGGGGUCGGGGAUCCGCUCAGCGCGACGGCAAGGGCCGUCUAGCAUUGAAAACUCUAAGCAAGAAGGUCAGAAAAGAGCUCAGCAGAGUAGACCAGAGGCAUCGUGCCAGCCAGCUCCGGAAGCAAAAGAAGGAGGCGGUCCUAGCAGAGAAGAGACAUUUGGGCAGCAAAGAUGGCCCUCCCCAUCAUGUACUGGUGGUGCCCCUGCACAACAGGAUUUCCCUGUCAGAAGUGUUUUGCCUGCUUCAGGAUAGGGACUCUGGGAUAAUACACCUGAACGAAUGGGGAAGUAGCCAUAGCUUUAUGCUGCUAUGUCCCUUGUUGAGACAUCGGUGGUUUUUCACAUCUGCAAAGCCAGGGGAUUUGCAUACUGUGUUAGACAUGGCUAAAGUGGCUGAUACCAUCCUGUUCAUGCUUGAUUCACUAGAAGGCUGGGACAGCACUGGGGAUUACUGCCUUUCCUGCCUCUUUGCUCCAGGCCUUCCCACCUACACUUUAGCUGUCCGGGGGGUUUCUGGUCUUCCACUGAAGAAACAAAUAGAUGCCAGAAAGAAGCUAAGUAAAACAGUGGAGAAGCGCUUUCCUGAUGACAAACUUCUCCUAUUAGACACUCAAGAGGAGGCAAGGAUGCUGCUCAGGCAGUUGGCUAGCCAAAAGCAACGGCAUCUUGCCUUUCGAGAUCGACGGGCUUACCUGUUUGCCCAUGCUGCUGACUUUAUGCCUAGUGAGGAGAAUAGCUUGGUGGGCACUUUGAAAGUCUCAGGCUAUGUUCGUGGGCAGACUCUGAAUGUAAAUAGCUUGCUGCAUAUAGUUGGACAUGGUGAUUUCCAGAUGAAACAGAUAGAUGCACCUAUGGACCCCUGUCCUUUAAAUCACAGAGUGAUUAAAUCCCAAAAGGACUCAGGCCUGGCAAUGGAGAUUUGUGCUACGGAUGCUGUAGCUGAAAUGGAAGAAGACCUUAAGGUCCUAAUGAAAGCAGACCCUGAUAAACAGGAAUCUUUGCAAUCAGAGGUUAUCCCAGAUCCAUUGGAGGGGGAGCAAACCUGGCCUACCGAGGAGGAGCUGGAUGAGACAAAUGACUUCUUGAAGAAAAGUUCCAAGGUGGUAAAGAAGGUCCCCAAAGGAACAUCCAGUUACCAAGCUGAAUGGAUUUUAGAUGAGAAUGGUGAAAGUGGUGGGGAAGGGGAUGACUUUGAUGAUAUGGAAAAUGAGAAUUUUAUGGAAGAAGAAUCUCAGGAUGAGAGUAGCGAAGAGGAAGAAGCGGAGGAAUGUGAAACUAUAACUCUGGGAGAGUCUGAGCGUGAUGAUCUGUAUGAUGAGAAGGUGGAUGAAGAGGCUGAGGAAAAAAUGUUGGAGAAAUAUAAACAAGAACGUCUGGAAGAGAUGUUUCCAGAUGAAGUAGACACCCCCCGGGAUGAGGCUGCUAGAAUUCGAUUUCAGAAAUACAGAGGCCUGAAGAGCUUCCGGACAUCUCCAUGGGAUCCCAAGGAAAACCUUCCUCAAGAUUAUGCUAGGAUCUUUCAGUUUCAGAACUUUACUAAUACUAGGAAACGCAUCUUUAAAGAGAUUGAGGAAAAAGAGGUUGAAGGAGCUGAGAUUGGCUGGUAUGUGACAAUUCAUGUCUCUGAAGUCCCUGUCUCAGUGGUUGAGUACUUCAGGCGAGGAGCACCCUUGAUUGCAUUUUCCUUAUUACCUCAUGAACAGAAGAUGUCAGUAUUGAAUAUGGUAGUGAGCCGACACCCUGGCAACACUGAACCUGUGAAAGCCAAAGAGGAACUGAUCUUCCACUGUGGAUUCAGGCGCUUCCGAGCCUCACCUUUAUUCUCUCAGCACACUGCAGCGGAUAAGCAUAAAUUUCAGCGAUUCCUGACUGCUGACGUGGCCCUGGUAUUAACAGUGUAUGCCCCAAUCACUUUUCCUCCUGCAUCUGUGCUGCUUUUCAAACAGAAUAGCAAUGGAAUGCACAGCCUCAUUGCUACAGGCCAUCUGUUGUCAGUGGAUCCAGAAAGAAUGGUCAUCAAGAGGGUUGUUCUGAGUGGUCAUCCCUUCAAAAUUUUUACUAAGAUGGCAGUAGUGCGAUACAUGUUCUUCAACAGAGAGGAUGUGCUGUGGUUUAAACCGGUGGAACUGAGAACAAAGUGGGGCCGCAGGGGACACAUCAAGGAGCCUUUGGGUACUCAUGGCCACAUGAAGUGCACUUUUGAUGGGAAGCUAAAAUCUCAGGACACAGUACUAAUGAAUCUCUAUAAACGAGUUUUCCCCAAAUGGACUUACGAUCCAUAUGUUCCAGAACCAGCAUCUUGGGUGAAAAGUGAGAUUUCUUCAGCAAUUCCUGAAGUGGACAUGGAGUAAUAGAUUCAAAGGGAUUCAUAUUACCAGUUAGCCCUCUAGGGUCAGGAACCUACAGGUUGUAAUAUGGCAAAGUUGUUUUCUACUUCAGCCUAUAGGCCUUUCACAAAUGGUUCUUCUUGACCUUGGCAAGGGGUCUCAGUUAAAUAAGUAUGUUUUUCUAUUACUACUUAGUCCAAAAAACUAUUAAAUCUUACUCAAUAAUAGCAACUCUUAAUUGGGAUUUUGAGAACUAUUUAAGAGG